AUGCCACUCACCAUCGAGCCCCUCCACCCCACCUUCGCGGCAGAGAUUCAUGGCGUUGACUUCUCCGAGCCAUUGUCGGAAGAGGUCUUUCAAGAGAUCCAAGAUGCCAUCACGAAGGUCUGUACCGGUGCGCCGUCGCGGAUGAGUCUGCCCGAGUUGACGGACCAGGGUAACGUAGACGCCAACGGCAACGUCAUCAGCUCUAAAGACCCGCGGGCUCAGAUUAGCAAGGGCAACACGCUCUUCCAUGUCGACAGCAGCUUCAACGCCCAAAGAGCAAGCUACUCCAUCCUCCUGGCCCAUGAGAUCCCGCCAUUGGAAGCGGGCGGCAACACCGACUUUGCCGAUACGCGUGCAGCGUGGGAUGAGCUCCCCGAUGAAUGGAAGCAGGAACUCCUUUCCAAAGAUUAUGUCGCAGGCCAUUCGUUCUGGUACUCCCGAAAGAAAGCCUGCCCCGAUUUCUUCGCAAAGCUAGAGCCGGCCAAGCACCCGAUGUCCAAGCACAAGGUUGCCCAGCUCCAUGAAGCCAGCGGGAGAAUGAACCUGUUUGUGCCUUCGCAUUGUCACCACAUUGAAGGUCUUGAGGAGGGUGAAGGGAGGGAAAAGCUGGAGUACCUUUACCGUCACGCCACGCAAGACAAGUUUGUGGUUUCGGUUCCGUGGAAGCAGGUGGGUGAUUUAGUCAUGUGGGAUAAUACUUGUACUCUCCAUCGAGGGACGCCGGUGGUCGGAAGCCAUAGGAGGGAUAUGAGGAGGGCGACUGUGUUGGAUGGGAGCGAGGAGGCUUGGGGCCAGAACGAGAAGGUCGAGAGGGACUUUGCGUUUGCGGGCGAGGUCAUGGCUGAUGUAUUUCGAUGUUUGUCUGUUUGA